GUGGCUGGGGUGAAUGUAACGACAGGCACAGGUGAAAAUAGACGUAACGAGAACCACUGGCUAAGCAGGAAAAUGUGAACGUAUGGAUAGACCCGUUGUCCCUCGAGGUUGUUCAGUGUCGUCAGUUCGAUACGGUCACUGGGCCAUUCAGCAUGAACCGACGCAAGGAUGAAACCCAGUCGAUUUAUACUGUCUCCAGCCACAAGAACUUGGUAGCGAUCAAAUCCAGAAAUGCCUACUUAAAGAAACGGAGACAAGUACCGAACUUUUUGAUGAUUAUGUUGUUUAUUCUGAUUGCUCUUUUGUUAACGAUGACGCUGGUGUUUUCUAUACUUUACGCAAUAAGAAAAGAGAGACAGUUGUGCGAAACGGAAAAGUGCGUUCGCAUAGCGGCUAGUUUGAAAGAAUCUAUGGACACGUCUGUUGAUCCUUGCGACGAUUUUUAUAAGUAUGUCUGUGGAAAAUGGCCAGAUGAGCAUCCUAUACCAGAUAACAGUUUGACAAAUUCAUGGUUCGAGGAACGUAGAGAACGCGUGUACAGAAAAAUCAGGGAAUCGUUACGAGAGAAUGUUACCAGAAACAAUGUACCCUGGGCAGUGACACAGGCGAAGAUAUUGUACUCCAGCUGCAUGGACGUGCAUUCGAUGGACGAGUUGGGAGUGGCACCACUGUUCGACUUAUUGGAAGAGCUCAAUUUACCCUCGAUUCCUGCGGCAUUUACCAAGAAGACCACUGAUUACAUCGAACAGAUGGCCAGGGUGAAGAAAGUUCUAGGAAGGGAUAUCUUCUUCGGUUUCGACAUAAUCCCUGAUCCACGAAACACCAGCAAUAACAUCAUGGUGCUGGACACGCCGAUCACUAGCAGCCCAUUACCCAAUGACAAGGAGCUAGAAAGACGACUGCACUCGAUCAGAUCGCGUUUCCGGAAACUGGAAGACGACGAAAUUGAAGAUGAACUGACGAGCGAACUGAAGAGUGCAGAAUUAAAAUACAUGACCGAAAUUAUUAAACAGGUUGUCAAUAAUGGUACCCUGGACGCUUGUUCCAUGAACCAGUCUUCGUUUCCUGAAGAGGAAGAUCUGGAGGAAGUUGUCGAGACUCUCUACGAGUUGAGUAGCACUUUUUAUUACUUAUCUCGUCUGGAAAAUAAUCAAAGCAUAUGGGACGUAGACCCGACAGACGGUGAUUACAUGUUGGUGGAUGAUCUUCAGAAGUUAACCGACGAAUACGUGACGGAAGUGAAUUCGACCCUUGCUCCGAAACCGCUGUGGAAACCAUUUAUCGAGUCAGUGUUCAAGGACAUCGAUACUUUGGACUUGAACAGGAAAGAUAAGGUAUUGAUCGGGGAUUUGGAAUACUUGAAGGAGGUUGCUCUCCUUUUGGCUGCUAGCGACGAGGAGGAACUAGAAACAUAUAUUUGGUGGGUGAUCGUUGACAUCGUGGUGCCCCAUUCGUCUAGCACGUUGAGAAAAAUUUGGAUAAACUACGUGAUUGAAAUGACCAGCAUCGAAAUUGGAGAAGCAAAAUCUCUGCUUUGUGCUUCGGCUGUGAACGAUUUGAUGGGAAUGGCGGUUUCAUGGCUGUUCGUGGAUCCUCAGUUUCACGAGGACAAAGGAAAGAAGGUGUUUGAAAUGAUGGGCGACAUAAAAGAGGCUUUCGCAUCGCUGGUUCUGCGAACCGACUGGAUGGACAAGCAGACGAAAGCUGCCACUUUAGAGAAAAAUAGAAAAAUGGAAUCUCAGAUUGGUUUUCCUGAUUGGUUGUUCGAUGAACGAAUCCUUAAUGAAUAUUACGAAGGUAUAGAUCUCUCGGAGACGGAAUAUUUGAGCAACAUGAUCCAAAUUAUUCGCUUGAUGUCUAUUUCUGAAUUGGAAUGCAUCCAUGAAAUUAAUUAUAACAACGAAUCAUACUGGGCGACUGAUCCAACAGACGUAAAUGCGUUUCACACCUAUCAAUUUAAUCAUAUAACGAUACCAGCAGGAAUCCUCCAGUUUCCAUUUUACGAAUUGGGUUUGGAAUCAUUGAAUUACGGAGCUAUAGGCACGGUUUUGGGUCACGAAUUGACUCAUGGAUUUGAUAACAGUGGUAGACACUAUGAUAGCGAUGGAAAUGUUAGACAAUGGUGGACGAAUGAAACUAUUUUACGGUAUAACGAGAAAACCGACUGCUUUGUUAAUCACUAUAACAAUUAUUACGAGGUUGAGGUAGACGAUUACAUCGACGGUGAACGUACGCUGGGCGAAAAUAUAGCCGAUAAUGGGGGCCUCAGAGAGGCUGUCAUCGCUUACGAAAGAUGGAAGGCCAGACACGGCCAAGAACCUCUACUUCCGGGAUUCACUCAUCUCACUCAAGAGCAGCUCGUUUUUCUCGGUUUCGCCCACGUAUGGUGCGAGUCGUACACUCCAAAGUCUCUAAAAUGGAUCCUCUUAGAUUCUCAUUGUCCUGGCCACGUGAGACUCCAGGGAGUCCUGAAGAAUUCCAAGGAAUUCAGCGAAGCAUGGAAAUGUCCUGUUGGAUCGAAAAUGAAUCCUCUGAAUAAGUGCCAUGUGUGGUAAUGGUGUUUCUUCAAUUAAUAAGAAUCUAUACGUUUCUUUCAGCACUUGCCACAUCUUCCUCCUUAAAGUACUCUAAACUUCUGCAAACAUAAUUACAGAACUCGCUAAUUAAAACCCAACAAACAAUCGAGCUUUUAUACAUUUUCUACAAUUACGUUACGAUCCUUGCAUUAAUCGAUCGUUACGAAAUUUUAAUAUAAACUCAAUAAUCACAGCGAGUCCUGCGAUUUCCUUAAUUCUAAAAUGAA